AUGGCUGUCACGGAAUAUAGCCAAAGGCCUCAUUCUUAUGCCUUGGCUGCACUUGAAGAUAGGUUCGAAGUGAUCAAGGAGAUUGGAGAUGGAAGUUUCGGAAGCGUUGCUUUGGCAAGAGUGAGAGCCAAUGGCGCCAGUGUGGCUCGCCGGAACUCAAUGGUCGCUAUUAAAACCAUGAAGAAGACCUUCGACUCCUUUGCGCCAUGUCUGGAACUCCGCGAGGUCAUAUUUCUACGGACACUUCCCUCCCAUGCUCAUUUGGUACCCGCGUUGGACAUCUUCUUGGAUCCCUUCAGCAAGAAACUUCAUAUCUGCAUGGAGUAUAUGGACGGAAACCUGUAUCAAUUGAUGAAAUCCCGGGAACACAAAUGCAUGGACGCCAAGAGCGUCAAGAGCAUCCUCUACCAGAUUCUUUCAGGUCUUGACCACAUCCACGCUCACCAUUUCUUUCACCGAGACAUCAAACCGGAAAAUAUCCUUGUCACCACUUCAGCACCUCACGACUCACAGUCAGCCUUCAGCAGAUACUCCUCGCUGGUCACUCCGCCUGCUACACCGCCAGCUUAUUCCAUUAAAAUCGCCGAUUUUGGCUUGGCCCGGGAGACCCACUCAAAGUUGCCCUACACUACAUACGUCUCAACUCGAUGGUACCGAGCGCCCGAAGUUUUACUUCGAGCUGGCGAGUACUCAGCACCCGUCGACAUCUGGGCCAUUGGAGCGAUGGCAGUUGAAGUGGCUACUCUCAAACCUCUAUUUCCUGGAGGCAAUGAGGUAGACCAGGUCUGGCGGAUUUGUGAAGUUAUGGGUAGCCCAGGAAACUGGUAUACCAAGACCGGUACCAGGGUAGGGGGCGGUGAAUGGAGAGAAGGGACGAAAUUGGCCCAAAAGUUGUGCUUCUCUUUCCCAAAGAUGGCGCCCCAUGCCAUGGAAACCAUCCUACAACCACCUCAAUGGCCCGUGUCAUUCAGCAACUUCGUGACCUGGUGUCUGAUGUGGGAUCCCAAAAACCGACCGACGUCCAAACAAGCUAUGGAACAUGAAUUCUUCCUCGACGCCGUCGAUCCGCUUCGACCCAAGUCCUCGUCACGCCUGCUCGGCCGGAAACACUCCGACCUGAGUUUCAGGUCAAAGGACGCGGCCGAGACACCCACCGUCACAUCUAAGCCUUCCUGGUUUCGAAGAUCGCUUAUUGCUCGAGAGAGCGCACCCGCUGUCCCUCAGCACACUUCGGAACCCAAGGUUACACAGCAAGAACCCGAGAGCUUGGUCAGCAGACUUCGACCGCAAGCGAGUAAACGUGCGACGUGGACCAAUGGCACGGGUCCGACUGGUGCUGCACCAAUGCCCAUCCUGCCAUCGAUCCGCCCUAUCUCCCCGUUGCCCAACGCUGUUACUGCCCAAGCAAGUUCGUCAUUCACAUCGCAGCCAGAGUCGAAGCCCAACUCGUCUAAACCGAUUGAGGAGAAGUCAAAGAAAAUUGGCAGGCAGCUAUCGAUUAAUUCAAAUGGCAAUCAUUAUGCAGAGAUUCAUCGUCAGGAAGCAGAGCGAGCUUUGAAUGCAAACAGUGGCCUAGUGUCUCCACCCAGUGGCCACAAAGAGAGUUUCUUCUCGCACCUGCGGAAACGUGCCAGACGGUUUUCCGGCAGACACGGACUGGCGUCUCCAAAUGGUGAUGAUGUUGAGGCCAAUGCCGCAAAUGUGCCGUGGUCGAACAGAUCAUCGCUCAUGGUCGACAGUGUCAUCCCCGAGGGGAACAACGACUUUUCAGAUCUUGACAAAAUCUUGCAGAAUGUUCGGUACAGCCUCGAUCGAGCCGAACCAGAAACUUUACGCAGGAAAUCAUCCAUCGAGGUGGUGUCCAAUUCAGGAACGCUGAAACGGACACAUUCAGUCCCUCGAUCUCAAGGCAGCCGAUCAAGUGAGAAUCUUUCACAGACUCCCGCUCCAACGAACAAUCGUUCGCGUCGUCCUUUGCAAAUCAACCAGUAUGAAACUCCUGAAGAAGCUGACGAGCUGUUGGACGAGGCUCUUCGGUCCGCUCAUCGCGCGGUUCGGCGCCUGGACUCAACCGUCUACCCGAAAGACCAGGCGCAGCGAACCGCAUUGGCACAGAAGGAUUAUAACCGACAGUCAUUACCGCAAUUACCAAGCAACCCAGCACUACACGGCGCCUACCUUACGCCGUCACCAUCCGCCAAGAGGAAUGGCGUCCAGUUUAACGCCGCUGCUGGAUCUCAAGCUGAGCCAUUGACCAUCACCAAGAAACGAACCGAGUAUGAACACGCUCCUUCCCAUUGGCCAACGCCGCCAUACGAGGAGAACGAAUGGGCAUCUGCAGCUGCCAACAGCAUAUUCGCAGCGGGACAGAUGUUUCGAUAA